GUCAAGACCGUAUCUUAUAUCUGCGCAUCGCGUUUCCCCGUUCGACCUCGCACAACCUUCUCUCGCUCGCUCGCUCGCGCGCUCUCCCGUUUCCCGCUAAGUCCGAUGGCAGACCAACUUCUCUCUGCGGUCUCCGACUACGUCUCCAUCCCGGAGAGUUACGUCCGCCCGGAGUCGCAGAGGCCUCGCCUCAACGAAGUGAUCCGAGGAGCCAACAUCCCCACCAUCGAUUUCGGCUCAGAGGAUGAGCUCCAAAUCAUAGCGCAAGUCGCCGACGCCUGCCGGUCUUUCGGCUUCUUCCAGGUGGUGAACCACGGAGUGCCGCUGGAGUCGAUGCAGAAGAUGAUGGCAGUGGCUUCGGAGUUCUUCCGCCUCCCUCCCGAGGAGAAGGCGAAGCACUACUCGGACGACCCAGCAAAGAAGAUGAGGCUGUCGACGAGCUUCAAUAUCAAGAAGGAGACAGUCCGCAACUGGAGAGACUAUCUGCGGCUCCAUUGCUAUCCGCUGGAGGAGUUCGUGCCUGGUUGGCCUUCCAAUCCCGCUUCAUUUAGGGAUGUGGUUAGCACUUACUGCAGGGAAGUCCGUCGACUAGGGUUUCGACUCCUGCGAGCAAUAUCGCUGAGCCUUGAGCUGGAGGAAGGCUACAUGGCGAAGGUGCUGGGGGAGCAGGAGCAGCAUAUGGCCGUAAACUACUACCCGAAGUGCCCAGAGCCGGAGCUCACCUACGGCUUACAGGCUCACACCGACCCCAACGCCCUCACCGUCCUGCUUCAGGACCCAAACGUCGCUGGGUUGCAGGUACUCAAGGACGGUAAAUGGAUCGCUGUCAAUCCGCAACCCGACGCGUUGGUCAUCAACAUCGGUGACCAACUACAGGCACUGAGUAACGGAAGGUACAGGAGCGUGUGGCAUCGAGCGGUGGUCAACUCGGAGAGGGAGAGGAUAUCGGUGGCGUCGUUCCUCUGCCCCAGCAGCAGCGUGGUGAUCAGCCCGCCGGAGAAGCUCGUCGGUGACCGGGCUCGGCCCGUGUACCGGACCUACACCUACGACGAGUACUACAAGAAGUUCUGGAGCAGGAACCUGGACGACGACCAUUGCUUGAAGCUCUUCGAGUGCUAAUGGCUUGCCGACGAGGGAGGAGGCAUCCCACGCGACCCAGGAUGGCGGCCUACGUUGCUGGUAUCGUGGCCACAUCAGCAAGUACACCAGAUGAUCUGGCAUGCUGCUUCUUGACAUGCCUCCGCGCUGUCCACAAUAAGCUAUGGACGUAUUAAAUUUUUGGUAUACGGAGGCAAAUGCGUAGUGCUCAUACGAAGCUUUCAGGCAUGGCAAUAAUGUCUCUUCCUUGCAAAUAGAACCGUCAUCAGUAUCUUUACGUUGCUUGUAAGUAUGAUAUAAAUAAAUGGUUUGCUGGA